AUGAGCAUCAUGUUAAAACAGCCUCUCAACUUGAGGACUGCGACAGAAAGGACUGUGAAUCUGGCUCACGUCGACCCCGAUCACGAAGUCACCUCUUCAUCUUCCAGCGACCGCCCUGCGAUCGCCCACCGUCGGAGACAAUCUUUCGCAGGGAGCGACUCGGUUUCCGCGCCUGGCAAUAAUCGCGUUCCUCCUUUGCGUCUGGGCCAACAGGCCCAGUACUUGCAACCAACAUUGAGUCCGGUACCUGGCACACCUAAUUUUCCGAUGUCAUUAAGCAGAAGUCCCUCUCCCGUCCCCGGAGGGGGGUGGUCUUCUCCCGGCCUGAAUAUCAACAGCGGCCGAUCCAGCCCAGCCAAAGCAUCGUUCUCGGGACCCAACGGCGGUAGCGUAACAUGGGAAUCUGCGAGGCUCAAGAGCCAAGGUGUUGCUGGCUAUCCAUCCUUUUCCACACAUAAUCAGGGUUUCUUCACCCGACAUAUGCGACGCAUCUCCAGUAGCCUGCCGUCCUUCAACGUGGCAACGGACGAUAGAUAUGCAGAAAAAGAAAAGCUUGGACGAGGCAGGUGGAAGAUCCCCGUCCUUGGAAGAAUAAUAGCUGCGGUCACGCGAAUGAGUAGGAAAGGGAAGAUACGCGCAGCUAUAGCGCUAUUGCUACUCUUGUGCUAUAUUCUGUUCUAUAUCACUCCCUUGUGGUAUUAUUGGAGAAGAACAGGCUGGCUAGGAGGCGGAGAAAAGUUCGUCAUCAUACUUGCCGCAAACAUUGGCGGCGGUGUGAUGGAAUGGAAGGGCGCGCGUGAGUGGGCUAUCGAAAGGGAUAGUGUGAGGAACAAACGAAAGUAUGUCGCAAGAUGGGGUUACGAUCUCGAAAUUGUUGAUAUGAGCACCAAAAAGCGGUACGCGCACGAAUGGCGAGAAAGUUGGGAGAAGGUGGACAGUAUCAGGAACAGUUUUAGGAAAUACCCAAAAGCCGAAUGGAUUUGGUGGUUGGACCUGAAUACGUUCGUCAUGGAACCCUCCUAUUCACUUCAAAAUCACAUUUUCAACAAUUUAGAAAAGCACAUCUACCGGGACAUAAACGAGUUCAACCCUCUCAACAUUUCCCAUCCCCCCCAAGCUAAUUAUCUAGAUCCGGAGUCACUAAGCCCGGUAGGAGACGGGAAUGUUGACUCCAUAAACCUAAUACUUUCCCAGGACUGUUCGGGAUUUAAUCUGGGUUCAUUCUUCAUCCGACGCAGCGAGUGGACCGAUCGUCUACUGGAUAUAUGGUGGGACCCGGUAGCAUACGAGCAAAAGCACAUGGAGUGGGAACAUAAAGAACAAGAUGCAUUGGAACAAUUAUACAUAAAUCAACCUUGGAUUCGAAGCCAUACGGCCUUCCUUCCACAACGACAUAUCAACAGCUUCCCGACCGGCGCGUGCUCGGAUAAUGGAAACGACUCCCGCAUUCACUAUAACCAGGCCGACCGAGAUUUCCUUGUUAACAUGGCCGGUUGCGAAUGGGGUCGCGAUUGUUGGGGAGAAAUGUAUAACUUCCGCGAGCUCAGCUACUAUCUGAAUCGAAACCCCUGGGAGCGAUUUAAGGAGGACCUAGUUGCUGUCAUUUGGGAAAAGCUGACAGGCCAGAAAGUCAAGUGUGCGUAUAUUUAUUUCUUGUAA